CCCUGGCCUCGGCCGUGCCGGACGCCAUCUCCCUCGACCUUCACCUCCUGCCCGGCGACACGCGGGUGUACUGCGCCCCCUCGUGGUCGGAACAAGAGGAGACCAUUCAUCUCUGGGUCAUGUUCAUCGUCUUCUACCUCGUGCCCUUGGGGAUCAUGACCUUCACCUACAUAAUGGUCGCGCUCUGCCUAUGGCGGUCAGGGUUUAAUGAUGAAAAUGAUGGUAAGUAGAUCUAAUCCAUAAUUUGGGUAAGUUGAUCUAAUCCAUAAUUUGGGUAAGAUGAUCUAAUCCAUAAUUUGGGUAAGUUGAUCUAAUUCUUAAUUUGGGUAAGAUGAUCUAAUCCAUAAUUAGGGUAAGUUGAUCUAAUUCAUAAUUUGGGUAAGAUGAUCUAAUCCAUAAUUAGGGUAAGUUGAUCUAAUUCAUAAUUUAGGUAGGUGGAUCUAAUCCAUAAUUUUGGUAAGUUAAUCUAAUCCAUUAUUUGGGUAAUUUUAUCUAUUUCAUAGUUUGGGUCAGUUGAUCUAAUCCAUAAUUUGGGUCAGUUGAUCUAAUCCAUAAUUUGGGUAAGUUGAUCUAAUCCAUAAUUUUGGUAAGUGGAUCUAAUCCAUAAUUUGGGUAAGUUGAUCUAAUCCAUAAUUUGGGUAAGUUGAUCUAAUCCAUAAUUUGGGUAAGUUGAUCUAAUCCAUAAUUUGGGUAAGUUGAUCUAAUCCAAAAUUUUGGUACGUUUCUAUAAUUAUAAUUUGGAUAAGUAAGUUUCAAACCGAAAUGUGAGUAAGUUUAUUUUAUCCCUAAUUUGUGUACUUUAAUUUAAUCCAUACUUAAUAUGAUUGAGGUUAUCCAGACCUAAGGUAGGAUAAUCUUAUUCUAAUCUAAAGUUACUACUUACCAGCUAAGUGCUAUUUCUUAUUUUUAUACCGUUUUUUCUGUUGUUUUGUUCGCUGACGAAGGCUUUCUGCCGACACGUUCGCUGUUUUGUUGCGUUUAUUUUUUCAGGUUUAACCCUACUCUGUUUUACUCAUUUUAUUUUGUACUAACCUGAUUGCAGUCUCUCCCCUCAUUACCCCUAUAGUAAUUAUCCAGCGAUAGUAAACCCAAUCACGGACUUUCUAACUGUUUACCUCCCAUCAGUCGGGAUCUUACAUUGAGCCCUGGGGCCGGGAGCUGCAACCUUUCAUUAAGGUGGCGCCAAAGUUUGAUGACCAUUUAAUUGAGCUCGGCAACAAUCUUCACGUCUACGUUAUAAGCUUAAUUAAAAGUCGCUCUUUUAAAAAGUCAUUUAUCUUAGUGUGUCUUUGAGUGAGAUUGAGCACCGCUCUACGUGCCGCCUCCAAAAAGGAUUCAUAGAAUAACCGCAAUUGAGAAACGCUGAUUAAGCACUUUCAAUGUUUUGUUUUUUUAUCUGAGUUAUUUUUAUCGCCACGUAGUGGCCAUGUUUGGUUGACUUCCCACAAAGAGCAUGUAGCACCAGCGCCCUGCUUCAACUUUACAAAGAGCCAAUGGCGUUGUGUUAUUUAUCUUUUGUUAUAGGACUGGUUUCGUCAGACUUACCAUUAGAUUGACACAUUGACUUCCUUCUUGCUCAGAUGACCCAAACUUCCCAGGUGAUCGGACAUGGCAAAGAAAUUGACCGACCGACUGACCAACAUGCCCACCAACCGUCUGACCAACAGACCCCACCGGCCUCCCAAUUCACCAAUUGACCAACUGACCAACUGACCAACUGACCAAUUGACCAAUUGACCAAUUGACCAACUGACCAAUUGACCAACUGACCAAUUGACCAACUGACCAAUUGACAUAGCGUCUGAAUGGGCUGUACCGCACUUAAAGUUUGGUCCAACGCCUAAAUGACGUCAUCAUCUCGUCCACAGAGGCGAGCGCCAACGUCCCGCGAGCUCAGAUGUUACUCCGGCGCAAGAAGGCC